AUGUCUGCAACAUCCAAAAGUCAGGAUGUCAAAGCAAUCCACUAUCCGCUGUGGUUCGGCGGCAGCGCAAGCUGUUUGGCCGCCUGCGUGACGCAUCCAUUGGAUCUUUGUAAGCUGCAGAUGCAAAAGAGCGAUGGACCUAAGAAGGGCAUGGUUGGCAUGUUUACACAUAUUGUAAAGAGCGAUGGUGUCCCGGGUCUCUACCGUGGACUCACAGCAGCGCUUUUGCGCCAGAUCACCUACAGCACGACACGAUUUGGAGUCUAUGAAGAGCUGAAAAACAGGUUUGGCGGCGGCGGCGGCGGUGGCCAGCCAUCCUUUGGUGCACUCGUAGCGAUGGCCUCCACAUCAGGCUUUCUAGGUGGUGUUGCAGGAAACCCAGCAGACAUCCUGAACGUGCGAAUGCAGAACGACGCAGCCCUUCCCGCAGCCGAGCGACGCAAUUAUAAACAUGCCUUCGACGGCUUGUUCAGAAUUAUUCGCGAAGAAGGAUUUCAAAGUCUCUUCCGAGGAGUAUGGCCCAACAGCACGCGUGCAGUGCUCAUGACAGCGUCGCAGCUGGCAAGUUACGAUGUAUUCAAGAGGCAGCUAUUGGAGUUGACAAGUAUGGGUGAUACCUUGACAACCCACUUCACAGCUUCAUUGAUGUCUGGAUUUGUCGCAACGACGGUCUGCAGUCCCGUCGAUGUGAUCAAGACCAGAGUCAUGGGCGCCAGCGCGAAAGAGAGUAUAAUAAGUUUGGUGACGAAGAUCACUGCAAGUGAAGGCAUAAUGUGGGUAUUCAAAGGUUGGGUCCCGAGUUUCAUUCGUCUGGGACCACAUACGGUUGCCACCUUCCUCUUCUUGGAGCAGCACAAGAAGAUUUAUAGGAAGUACUAUGGUUAUGAAUAG